UUUCCGUCGCGCCGCCGCAGUGGGGAGGAUAGAGUAGCACGUCUCCGUCUCGUAUUGACCGUCACACAUUCGUAUCCUCUUCCACUCACUCACCAUGAGAGAGAUUGUCCACAUACAGGUCGGCCAGUGCGGCAAUCAGGUCGGCUCUAAGUUCUGGGAGGUGAUUAGCAACGAGCAUGGCAUCAAUCCAGAAGGUCACUACGAGGGAACCCACGACGUUCAGCUGGAGAGGAUCAAUGUCUACUAUAACGAGGCUCAAGGCGGGAAGUACGUGCCCCGGGCCGUGCUGGUGGAUCUGGAGCCUGGCACGAUGGACUCAGUGCGCUCAUCUCCUUACGGCAAACUGUUCAAACCUUACAACUUUUGCUAUGGUGAGCCAGAGCGGGCGGGCAACAACUGGGCCAAGGGGCACUAUACUGAGGGCAGGGAGUUGGUGGACAGCGUGAUAGACAUUGUCAGGAAGGAAGCAGAGGACUGUGAUCUCCUACAAGGUUUCCAGCUCAAGCAUUCACUAGGGGGCGGCACUGGGUCAGGCAUGGGUACCCUCCUCUUGUCUAGAAUCUAUGAGGAAUACCCGGAGAGAAUCAUGAAUACCUUCUCCAUCAUGCCAAGUCCCAAGGUUUCAGACACAGUGGUGGAGCCUUACAAUGCCACUCUCUCAGUACACAUGCUCCUGGAAAACUCCGACGAGACAUAUUGCAUUGACAACGAGGCGCUUUACGACAUCUGCUUCAGGACUCUCAAGCUUGCCACCCCGACCUACGGCGACCUCAACCACCUGGUGUCCUUGGCGGCGUCCGGUAUCACGACCUGCCUUCGGUUCCCUGGGCAACUGAACGCCGACCUCCGGAAGCUGGCUGUCAACAUGAUACCGUUCCCUAGACUGAGCUUCUUCAUUCCCAGCUUUGCUCCUCUGACUGCCCGCGGUGACCAGCAGUUCAAAGCCCUCACCGUCCCCGAACUGGUCACGCAGAUGUUUGACCCGAGGAACAUGAUGGCGGCGUGUAAUCCCCGCCAUGGCCGCUACCUCACCGUGGCUGCUGUCUUCCGCGGCUGCAUGUCCAUGAAAGAGGUGGACGAGCAGAUGCUUCAGGUGCAGAACAAAAAUUCCUCUUACUUCGUCGAAUGGAUUCCUAACAACGUGAAGACCGCCGUGUGUGACAUCCCGCCGCGAGGCCUCAAGAUGUCAGGGACCUUUUUCGCGAACUCUACCGCCGUGCAGGAGCUUUUCAAGCGCAUCUCAGAGCAGUUCACGGCAAUGUUCCGACGUAAGGCUUUCCUCCACUGGUACACGGGCGAGGGUAUGGACGAGAUGGAGUUCACAGAGGCAGAAUCCAACAUGAACGACUUAGUGAGCGAGUAUCAGCAGUACCAGGAGGCCACGGCAGACUUGGAUGACGACGACUACUACGACGACGCCCCUGAAGAGAACUAUGGGGUGGUAGAACAUCCUUACGAGGUCGAGGACGAAAGGGAGGAGGAGAGAAGUGUUCACGAUGCAGAUGACGCAGGAGGAGAGGAAGAGUAUGAGUAUGAGGAUGAAGAGGAGCAGGAAGGCGGCGGACAAGAAGAAGAGGAGGAGGAGGAGGGGAAGUUGACGCUGAUUAAGUCUUAAAAAAAAAAAAGUUGCUAUACCUCUUGCCUCGCGCCGUCUCUCAGAUAAAGAGGAACAAAGGAGGAGAAUAUGGCUAUCUAAAUGUGUGUCAGAGAGAGAGAGAGAGAGAGAGAGAGAGAGAGAGAGAGAGAGAGAGAGAGAGAGAGAGAGAGAGAGAGAGAGAGAGAGAGAGAGAGAGGUGGAAAAAGAGCAAGAGAAGGGAAGAAAAAUCUGUCAGCUUGAAAGGGGUGGACGGCCGGUCAUCAUUGAGUCUAGUUUUUGCUCUGCGUUGACUUACUGACUGGCUGCCUGAUGCGUGCCGAACCUGUAGCUUACGAAAGUGUUAGGUAAAUAUAAAGGACAGUGCAAAAAAUGACCUGACAGUGUUUGAACAGAAAGUUAGUGUAUUACAUAAUCUAUUUAGUGGAUCUACAUUAUGUACGGAGAUGAGACAAUGGUUAAUUAAUAUAACUCCUAUAGUGUAUAUAAUCAAAGGCUGAAUUAUAUUGGAAUGCACUUU